ACGCCCGAUUGGUUGGGCUCUGGUCACGCCGGAGAGUGGCAAUCCCUUGGUUGUACAUACGUGUUCAGCUAACGACGGUUAAACCUCCAUUAAAUGGUUGUUAUUAUAAGUUAUUAUCAGUUUUAUUUUGUUUCGUUCAGCAGUGCAGAAUUCAAGUGGAACGAAAAGAUCUUAUAAAGUAGUGGCAAAUUUGUAUAUUCCAUCCAUUUAUCCAAAAUUGAAUGACCACUGACGUAUCCUCGUACCUUUAAGCCAUGGGCAUUAAAAUUCCUUGGUUUACUAUUGUUGCCGAAUAUCGCAGCUCAUCCCUAACCUCCCUUGACAAUAAAAAGUUAUCUGACAUUAUCCAAGUAAUAUGGAAUGGUCGCCUAGCACCUUAAUCUGACUUUUACCGUGCAUGAUUUCCGAAACGAAUAUAAUCAUUGAUAUAUAAUUACGAGGGAAGAAUAUUCAGUCAACCUAAAACAGAAUAUUAAUAUGUGGAACCAGAAAAUUUAUGUCUAAGAGAAGAGACUUGUAGGUGUGUUGUGCAGUGAGUUUUACGCGUAAUCCUGAUAUUUCAAAUAAUUCCAGCUCCGGAAGCCGGAUCACAGGUUAUUUAAAUAUUGGAUUAUUUUUUAAUGCACUGAUUGAAACAGCAAGAUAUCCGAACAUUUGACGGGUUCAUUGAUUAAUUAAUGGAAAAACUAGCAAGAAAUUGUGGAAGUACUGGGAAUUCUGGAAUGCAGGGAUGGUGAGGGUUAUGAAGUUUUCUCAUCAGAUUAUUGUUUUUUUUUUGUUUUAUUUACACGAGAUGAGGUGACACAUAUCCUUGAGAUGCGGAACAGAUCGAUUGGGUUUAUAUUUUUAUCUGUAUUGGUAUGGGCAUGCAUCACAUACUUUUUGUUCCUUGAUCGACCGAUUGGAAAAGAAGAACAGAAGGAACAUGCUCUAUCUAAUCAGAUUGACAAAUUGAAGAAACAAGUCAAGCAGCAGAUAUCAGAGAAUCAAUUACUUCUAGAGAAGAUUGUCGAGCAAGGACAAAAAAGAAUAGUUGAGGAUGGCUUGCCUGACACGAUCGAAUUCCAGUCUGAAAAUAAUAUCCAUGAUUUAGAUAAAAACGUCAUGAAAAUUGGUAAUGAUCAUUAUGUUAAGAGUACUUCCAAAAAUGAGGGAGUACAAAAUGCACUGGGGAACGACCAGAAAAAUCAGGGUGCUUCACCGUUCGAGAAAUUACGGGCCCUUGCCCUCCAUAACCCGUCAAACGGUGGAGCUCCAGUAAUUCCAGUGAUAGUGUUCUCAUGCAAUCGAGUAACCGUCCGUAGGUGUCUGGAUCAGUUAAUAAAAUUGCGCCCCAGUGCCAAUCAAUUUCCAAUAAUUGUUUCACAAGAUUGCAACCAUCAACAAACAUCAGAUGUUAUUAGAUCGUAUGGAGAAAAAGUGGUACAUAUUCAGCAACCAGAUCAGUCUGAUAUAGACAUUCCACCCCGAGAAAAAAAAUUCAAAGGAUACUUCAAAAUCGCACGUCAUUAUGGAUGGGCCUUAAACCAAGUAUUUCUGGAGUUCGGUUUUGAAACUGCAAUUAUCGUUGAGGAUGAUUUGGACAUAGCCCCAGAUUUUUUUGAAUACUUCUUAGGCACUUAUUCACUACUAAUUGCUGAUAAAUCCUUGUGGUGUAUCUCGGCUUGGAAUGACAAUGGAAAGAUGAGUUUAGUUGACACUCAUGCACCCCAUUUAUUAUACCGAACGGAUUUUUUUCCGGGCUUGGGGUGGAUGCUCACCAAAGAGUUAUGGAUGGAAUUAUCACCAAAAUGGCCAAAAGCUUAUUGGGAUGACUGGAUUCGUCAGCCUGAACAACGUAAAGACAGAGCUUGUAUUAGGCCAGAAUUAUCGAGAACCAGAACAUUUGGCAAAAUUGGCGUCAGCAACGGAUUAUUCUAUGAAAAACAUCUGAAGUUUAUAAAACUGAAUGAUCAAAGUGUGCCUUUUACUAAAAUGAAUUUAACGUAUUUAUUGAAGAAUAAUUAUGACAUCGAUUUCAUGAAUGAUGUUUAUCAGACGACAGUAGUUAGCUAUCCAGAACUAAAGAGCGGUAAUAUUAUUGCUUCCGGUCCAGUGAGAAUACCUUAUUUUAAUCGCGUAACUUAUAAAACUACUGCCAAGAUGCUUGGUCUCAUGGAUGAUUUCCGAAGCGGUGUUCCAAGAACUGGUUACCGUGGAGUUGUGACAUUUUUUUACAACAAUCGACGUGUCCACUUAGCUCCCAGCAGAGACUGGAAUGGGUACGAUAUAUCAUGGAGCUAACACAUGAAUGAUUGUCUUCAAUGUUUUUUUUUGUGAUUUUUGAGUGUCGGGUUUAUCUAACUAUUACCUGAUGAGACUUGUCGAACGCCAAAAUAGGAAGUCUACCAAGAUUUAGAAAGCUGAACGAUAAUAUAGUCGAUUGAAACUAUAAUUCCGUUUAAGUUUGUUGACUGAACUUUGAAUCAUUCUAUUUAUGGAUUUGUUUUGAUAGAUAUUUGAUUACGUACAAUUGUCGUAAUAGAAAAAAUGUUUGGAGUAAAAAUAAUUGGCUGUAUAAUGUACAUUUCAUUUUCCUCAACGCAAAGACUGUUAUGGGUUUUUAAAGACUCAUACCAAAAUUAAAAAUAAAUUGUGAAGCUCUGUGGAAUUACGAUAUGAAGCGGUGAUGAUGUUUGGAGUGUAAUGGAGAGAUCUGUUUGAUUGUAAGUGAAAAGAAAAGUUUCAACUCUGUCGUCGUGAGAAAACACUACCUCCCAAUUCCAAAUUUCGUAGACAUUCGAGAUAUGGAAAAUGAUAGAAUAAAAUUGGGGCAUUCCUCCUGAAUAAAUUUUAACGCUUUUUACUCCUGAAUUUCUCGAUUAGCGUUGGAAGUGAUGGAACAGUAUUUUUAAUGUGCAAUGAUAGUGAAUAAAAAAUGUUGUA